AUGAAUCUUUCACAGGUCAUUGCAACCUCAGCAACAAGCCAAGAAACUUUCGAGUCCCUCCUGAACUUCAGCAAAGUACUUGGAAAAACACCAGUGUCCUGCAAGGAUACACCAGGAUUCAUUGUAAACCGCCUGCUUGUUCCCUACAUGUUGGAGGCUGUCCGGUUGUAUGAGAGAGGAGCCGCAGCUUUCCUAAUUAAUGGCAUGGAAUGGCGUCCACUCUCCCUCCUACCUUAUGGACCACCUUGGUACCUGAGACUGCCACCACGUUGGAGUCCACGCCUGGGGUGACUCAUAUGUC